CGCGACUUGCUAUGGCUGGUCUCUAAGGUGGCUGAUUCCGGUACCAGGCCGUGGAUGGCCGGAGAGCGCGGCGGUUAUGUGGGGGGCGGGAGGAUUCGGAGGAGCCGCGGCGAGCGCCUCGCUGAGCGGCGUCAAGGACUGCUUUCUGCACUUGCCGCCUGGGCUGGUUUCCUAUCUCCGUCUGCAGCAGGAUCAAAUUGUGAAAGCUUCAUGGGGGAAUCAGCCUGUAUUCUUGGGUUGGAUGGAAAUCAGACAUCGUCAAACAGAGGAAAACAUUGUUGAAAUAAACAGACAAUUAGCAGAAAAACUUGGCAUCAAAGAUGGACAACAGGUAUUCCUUGAACCCUGUUCUCAAGUUUUGUCCUGUCAGCAAGUAGAAGUGGAACCAAUUUCAGCAGAUGAUUGGGAAAUACUGGAGCUGCAUGCAUUGUCACUAGAAAGGCAUCUUCUUGAUCAAAUUCGAAUAGUAUUUCCACAAGCUGUCUUUCCAGUGUGGGUUGAGCAACAUACUUGUAUCUAUAUCCAGAUUGUUACACUAAAACCUCCAGCUCUUUAUGGAAGACUUGAAGCUCGCACAGAGCUUCUUAUAUGUCCUAAGUUACGUCAGUGUGAAGGAAGUUCCACCAUGUUGUCUUCCCUGAAAGAUUACAUUGCUCAGGAUGGUGUUCCUGAAACUGAAUUAAAACCAAGGGAAAGAACUGAGGAACCAUGCUCCAAAGGAACACAUUUAAAUAUGCAAUUUCAGCAGCAUAAGCCAAACACAAAGGGAUCACUGAGUGCAAAUGUUCUGCCAAACAUUUGGAAUUUACUUAGGAACAUUUUUUUUUAUAAUUCUGAAAAGAAACAGGAGCCUACUGAUGAACUGAAUGCUGCUAAAAAUCGUCUGUUAAAUUUGAUUCAGAUGGAUUCUGUUUUCAGAGUAUGUCAGAAACAGCUUCCCAGCAUGAAAAAUACAGUGGAAACAUGUACCUUUCAGAAAUACAGCGCUAUCUGUGUUUCUCCCUGGAAUCAAGCAUUCCCUGUUAUAGAAGCUAAUAUUCAAGUUUCUUAUGGGAAAAUUAGUAAACUACUUUCUCCAAGACAGCAGAUUCAAGAGUUAAAGUAUAAUCUAACAUCAAAGAAAGAGAAACAAGUGGCUAAUACAGAAGACCAAAAGGAAUUCACUUCUAGUAAGAGUCAAGAAUCCAAUGAGUUUUCUAUUGUACAAAUAAUAUGGAAUGGAUUUGAGGAUCUAAAGGAUGCCAUAAUGUUCAAUAACAGCGUGGAGCAACUGCAUGUUGGAAGAGUUUGGAUACCUGAAGGGUUGAGAAAGAGGCUACGUAUAGAAAUGCAUGCUGCUGUCAGAAUCACAUCAGUCAGUUCAGAUCCUAAAAUCCCAACCUCUCUUAGACUACAGCCCGAACGCACGUUAAAUAAAGGCAUCAGUGAAGAAGACAUUAAAAAUGCAUUUAAUUUGUGGCUAGAGGAUUACAUUAGGCUCCCCUUGAUAACAGCAGAAACAAGUUACAUACAAUUAGCUCUUAAUUUUGGUUUGGAAGACUUUGUCCUCAGAAUAGUCACUUCUGACACUGAAGAAGAGAAAGCCAAAAAUACUUUCAUCUUGAGCCCUAGCUUGCUGCAGAAGGCAAAUAUACAAGUUUUGUUACAUCCUGUGCCCCCAGUAUCCAAUGGUAGUAGCUCCCAGUCUUCUUGUGAACAGCCUUUGCCAUCGUUCAAUCUAAAGUGCUUAGGAGGAGUGGAUAACAUUGGAUUAUCAUCUUUGAAGCACAUAUCACGUAGCCUCUUGAUACAUCCCCUGUCUCAAAAACUAGCUCCCAUAUCUGCUGGAUUAUGCAGUGGGGGUAUCCUGAUUACUGGAGCAAAGGGAAGUGGCAAAUCAACCUUAGCAAAGGCCAUUUGCAAAGAGGCAUUUGAUAAAUUUGAUGCUCACUUGGAAGUGAUUGACUGUAAAGCUUUAAGAGGGAAAAGAUUAGAAAAUAUACGGAAGACCCUGGAAGAAGCCUUCCUAGAGGCAGCGUGGAGACAACCAUCUGUCAUUCUGCUAGAUGAUCUUGAUCAUAUAAUGGGCGUUCCCCUUGCUCCAGAACAUAAGAACAGUCCUGAAGCAGUCCAGAGCACUCGUCUUGCUCAUGUUCUGAAAGAUGUGAUAAAAGAAGUUACUUCCAUGCAUAGUUUGACUGCACUUAUUGCCACAAGUCUAUCUGAGCAGUCCCUACAUUCUUCCAUCAUUUCUACUCAAGGAAUUCAUAUAUUUCAGUGUUUCCAACAUAUUCAGGUUCCAAAUCAGAGGCAAAGAUAUGAAAUACUUCAGUCCAUAAUGAAAAACACAUUUGACUUCAGUGUAGACAGAUUCUGUGAUCUUGAUCUCCGUCAAAUUGCAAAGGAAACAGAAGGAUUUGUAGCUAGAGAUCUGACAAUGUUAAUUGAUCGUGCCAUCCAUUCAUGUGUUUCUAGCAGAGGAACAUGUCAAAAAGAAGAUUUGGUUCUAUCAACUUUAGAUUUCCAAAAAGCUAUACAAGGUUUCACCCCAGUAUCUUUGAGAAACAUUAACCUCCAUAAACCUCAAGAUAUGGGCUGGGAUAAAAUUGGUGGUCUUAAAGAAAUACAACAAACACUUAUAGAUACCAUCCAGUUACCUGCAAAGUAUCCAGAAUUAUUUGCCAAUCUGCCCAUACGGCAAAGAACAGGAAUCUUACUAUAUGGGGCUCCAGGAACAGGGAAAACAUUAUUAGCAGGUGUAGUUGCCCAAGAGAGUGGAAUGAAUUUUAUCAGCAUCAAGGGGCCAGAACUGCUUAGCAAAUACAUUGGAGCAAGUGAACAGGCAGUUCGAGAUACAUUUAACAGAGCUCAAGCAGCCAAGCCAUGCAUACUUUUCUUUGAUGAAUUUGAUUCUCUUGCUCCUCGAAGAGGUCAUGAUAACACUGGUGUAACUGACCGAGUUGUUAAUCAGCUGCUGACUCAAUUAGAUGGUGUAGAAGGUAUAGAAGGAGUUUAUAUACUAGCAGCCACAAGCCGUCCUGAUUUGAUUGACCCUGCUCUUCUGAGACCCGGUCGACUGGAUAAGUGUCUAUAUUGUCCACCUCCUGAUCAGGCUUCCCGAUACGAAAUUUUAAAAGCUCUGAGUCAUUCUCUUCCUUUGGCACAUGAUGUGGAUUUUCAGCAUUUGGCAGCAAAAACUGAGCAUUUCACUGGAGCAGACUUAAAAGCUUUAUUAUACAAUGCCCAAUUAGAAGCGCUGCAUGCUAGUUUGAACUCAACUUUGCCCCAGGAGAUAGGUUCCAGCUCAGAUAGUGAUCUUAGUCUAUCUUCAAUGGUCUUCUUAAACCAAAGUAGUGGAUCAGAUGAUUCUGCCAGAGAUGGAGAAGGAGGCUUAGAACAGUCAUUAACUUCCCUUGAGCUGUGUGACCUGCUGCCUGAAGAUCCAACGUCUAACAUCUAUCGCCUUUACUUUGGCAGCUCUUAUGAAUCUGAACUUGGCAAUGGAACUGCUUCAGAAAUGAGUUCUCAGUGUUUCUCAGGACCAAAUUCCAUAAACCAUGAAUUAACCAGCAUAACUCUGAAGGAUUUAGUAUCUUUUCAACCUCCAACGUUAAGAACCACUUUACAGGAAGGUUUCCAAGAACUUAAUCAAGAACAGAUAGAACACCUCAGGGCAGAAAUCAGUGCCAUCAAAGCCAAUUACAAAAGCAAAAAUGGAGAGGAUGUUGCUACCAGCAUGUCAUCAGUAACCAAGAGAACUUUAAAUAUUACCCAGAUUCAUCUAAUGACUGCUCUUGAAAGUACAAAACCAUCUAUUAGUCAAGAAGACUGGAAUAAGUUUGCUGAGCUCUAUGAUAAUUUUCAAAAUCCAAAGAGAAAGGAGUCCAGUGGAGCAACUUUCAAAUCAGGACAAAGAGUAACAUUAGCUUAACUGCUAUUAAAGCAGUAGUAAUUAUGUUCACUGAAUAAUUUUCCAGCAAAGUGUUUACAUGUUAAAUUGUAUUUAUGAACAUGGAAUAUGUUAUUGCUAAUAUGACAAAGACCAUUUUAAUUAUUUCAAGGUUAUUGUACAUCAUUUUAAUUUUCAAAUUUUGCUUUCCUGAAAACUAUAUAAAAACCUUUGAGAUAUCACCCUUA